AUGGCUGAUCCGGCUUCUUCGGUCUAUAAUCGAUACAUAGACAUAAGCGAUCCUCUGUCGCUUUUCUCCCGAACAGCAGCCGUCCGGCGAUGCCGACACACCGACUGGGAUUUAUGCGAAAGUGUUCGACUGCAAGAGCUUAAAGAGGCACGAGACCGAGCUGCACAAAUGGAGAAAACCAUGCGUUGGUGGUCAGAAUGUACAGCAUGCUGGCGCGAAAAAUGGAGCACAGUGAGGGACGAGAGGAACAGAGCUCGUGAAGAAGGUCAGGGGCUCAGAAAUGCGUACGAAGAGGCUAAUGCAAAAAUCGAUAAGAUACAAUCGGAGAAGAGAGAAGUGGAGAUGGAACUCAUGAAAGCAAAGUCCGCUCUUCACAAGUUAAUCGUACAAAACAGCAUCUCACAGAAUAAGUCUUUCGAAGUUCCUGAAGUUACGGUAGAGCGGAUAGACGAGGAAUGUGACGUGAAGCCGGAGUUGUUCACAGAGGGAGUCCAAACCGAUGAGGAUCCGAUGUCAGAAUCGAUGGAGAUGAUCUCGUCAACCAGGAGUAUUCUCGGAUCACGCGCUUCAUUAACACAGCGAGAGCGUAAACAACUUGAAGAAAAAUGUAGCGAGUUACAGACACAACUGAACUCUGCAGCAGAAAUGAUAAAAGAGCUCGAAGAUGUCAAGCAAGCUAUGACAGAAGAGAUAGCGGAACUAAAACGCAGCUACACUGAGAACAUCGAAAACUCGCGAGCAAUCGACAACUCAGAACUUAAUCAGGUACGGGCAGAGUUGGCGGAUGCUUUAGCAGAGGUGGAGAGGUUGCGAGAACAGAACGCAGCCUUAAAGCUGACGCAAAAUUUCACAUUAGCUACUACGGGAGAAAAAAGUGAUACUGGAUGA